GUGAGAGAGCGAGAGAGCGAGAGCGAGAGAGAGAGUGAGAGAGUGAGAGAGAGAGAGAGAGCGGGAGAAGGUAGGUGAUCACACUCAUCUGAGCAGGACAACAGAACACAUGAUGGGUUGACUAGGAGGAAAUACUCUUCACUUAACUAUGGAACCCAACAAAGUUCUUCAUUUUGUGCCUUCUGGAGCUCCUUCCUCAGGGAUGUCUAAGAAUGGGUUCUACUUUCAGGAAAUGGAGCAGCGGGAGGGGGAGCCAGAGGAGGGGUGCGAGGAGCGGGAGGAGGGACUGGAGGACUCCCCCAUCGCCUGUGGAGAUGACAUCCACCUCUACGACCCCGCAAUCAUCCCUGGACCUGACACGGACGACUCCGGCUGUGUGCUACUCAACACAUCUAGGAAGUACGUGAAGCUGAUGAACUUUGAGGAGGAGGUGCGGGCGCAUCGAGACCUGGAUGGCUUUCUGGCCCGAGCUAGCAUCCUGUUGGAUGAGACGGCAGCGUCGCUAGACGAUGUCCUCAAGAGGAUGUUGCAUCACGUUGGGCAGGACUGCCACACAGCUGAGCCGGGGUGCAACUUCGAGGAGGUCAUGAGCAUGUUGUUCACCGACGCCGGAGCGCAGGAGGUCAACGUCCACCUGCUGUCAGAGACCAUCCAGGGAGUGACAGCCACUGCAACUGGGGUCCAGUAUCAACAGUCAUGGCUCUGUAUCCUUUGCAAUGUGAAGACUCUACAGAGACGUCAUGUUUGUAUUUCCCGUCUGGAGCGACCUCAGAACUGGGGUGAGAACUGCUGCGAGGUCCGCUACGUCAUUCUCAUCCUGGCCCCGCUCAAAAUGAAAAGUACAAAGACAGCAAUGGAGCUGGGAAGGACAUUUGGAACGUUGUUCUCAGACAUAUCGUUCAGGCAGAAGCUUCUAGAGACCAAGACCCAGGAGGAGUUUAAAGAAGCCUUAGUGUUUCAACGACACCAGCUAACUGCAGCCAAUCAGCAGCCUGCUGCUGUGGAAGAGGAGGAGACUGACCCUCGCUCCCAUAAACCACUCAAGUUUAAAGACUUCUUCAGAGCCGGUCGGGGGAUUUAUGAAGACCUGUGUCGCAGGCUGCCUUUCUACACUUCAGACUUUACAGACGGGAUAGUGGGUAGUAAUAAGACCCUGUUGAAGUACAUGACAACCGCCAUCUUCCUUUACAUCGCCAUCCUCCUUCCUGCCAUCGCCUUUGGCUCCCUCAACGACGAGAGCACCCGGGGAGAGAUGGAUGUCCAGAAGACCAUAAUCGGCCAGAGUAUCGGAGGGGUCAUCUACUCUCUGUUUGCUGGAUCACCGUUAGUCAUACCUCUCACCACCGCCCCCCUGGCCAUCUUCAUCAGUGUGAUUCGUGGUAUCUGUGAUGACUAUGACCUGGACUUCCCAGCAUUCUACGCCUGCAUCGGUCUCUGGAACUCUCUCUUCCUGAUUCUAGGAGGCAUCUUCAAUGUCUCACUCCUGAUGAAGCUGUUUAAAAGGUCUACAGAGGAAGUCAUAGCUCUGUUCAUCUCCAUAGCCUUUGUAGUGGACGCUUUGAAGGGCACCAUUAAAAUCUUUCAUAAGUACUACCACGCCUCGACCAAUGGGAGUGUGGAGGCGUUGCUGCAACUACAAGAGCGUCAGGGCGUGGCCCUGCUGGCGGGUAACGGGACAGGUGACGGGGCGGGGGGGGCGGGGCUGAGCUCCAGCUCGCUGCCCCUCCAGGACUCCUUGAUCCAGUGCACCAGAGAGAGGCCGGUUCUAUGCCUGCUGCUGAUGCUGGGAACCCUGUGGCUGGGCUACACCCUCUAUCAGUUUAAACGGAGUCCAUUCCUCCAUGCCAAGGUGAGGGAGGUGCUGUCGGACUGUGCCCUGCCCAUCUCCGUCCUGGCCUUCUCCUUCAUUGGAUCCUACCUGUUUAAUGACAUUGAGCUUCCAGUGUUUAACUUCCAUAAUGGUCCCAUGUUCAACGUGGCUCCCUUUGAGAAGUUGUCUGCAAUAAACGUUCUGAGUGCCAUGGGGCUGGGCUUCCUCCUGGCUAUUCUCAUCUUCAUCGACCAGAACAUUGUGGUGUCUCUCACAAACGCUCCUGAGAACAGGCUGCUGAAGGGCACGGCGUACCACUGGGACCUAAUGCUCUCCGGACUCAUCAACAUUCUGAUGUCGGUUCUGGGGUUGCCAUGGAUGCAUGCUGCCUUUCCCCACUCCACUCUGCACGUCAGACAACUGGCCUUCGUAGAGCAAAGAGUCGAGGGGGGACAUCUUUAUGAGACAAUUGUCAGUGUGAAAGAGACCAGGUUGACGUCACUAGCUGCCAACAUCUUCAUUGGAGUGUCAGUGUUCCUGUUACCAGUGCCUCUCCAGUGGAUCCCCAAACCCGUCCUGUAUGGCCUCUUCCUCUACAUCGCCCUGACGUCCAUCGACGGUAACCAGAUGUGUGACCGCAUGGCCCUGCUGUUGAAGGAACAGACAUCCUACCCCCCUGCCCACUACAUCCGUAAGGUCCCUCAGAGGAAGAUCCACUACUUCACCUUCCUGCAGAUGAUGCAGCUGCUGGUGCUGUGUGGGUUCGGCAUGUACCCUCUGCCAUACAUGAAGAUGAUAUUCCCUCUGCUCAUGGUACUGCUGAUACCCAUCAGGAACUGUGUUCUUCCUCACAUAAUUGAGGCAAAAUACCUGGAUAUCAUGGAUGCUCAACACAUGUAGAGAGAGACACACACACCAACACAUGUAGCUACAGACAAACAUCAUCACAUGUAACUACAGACCCAGAACAACACAUGUAAGUACAGACACAGCUACAGAGACAGACCAAUGCAGGUAGA